GGACAUAUAUAUAUUUUUUUACAGCGUGCUUGCUUUCACUUUCAAUGUUUUGAUAACGUCCGUUGUUGACAGCAAAUACGCGCCUAUUGCAUUUGGAAACGGAUACAUUACCAUUUAAGGAAUAUAACUUCAAGUCACAUUAGAUAUUCGCGUGAUAAUAUGCAAGAAAUGCCGGAAUCACAGCUGUCUAAAUGUGAGGUGGAGCGGAAUCACGAAUGCAUGAUCCUACAACAAAGAAUAGAGACGGCUAGCAUUGGCAAUAAUAGAACAAUGAAGAUGGAGAUGGACGUAUUUAACCCUUCCCACACUACAGAGCUCCAGUUCCUCAGGUCGCGUGUUCGGGAACUGGAGAAAGAGAAGGUCGAAAUGGCAGCUGAAAACCAACGGCUACAUAACAUGCUAGUGAAGGAGAUCCCUGGCCUGCUGUCCACCAUGUGGCAGACCUUGGGCCAAGCCAACCAGCCCCCCCACCCUGCAGUGUCCCCACAGGCGGUCUCUACGGCAACAGGGAGGGGCGAGAGCUACACGUACACACACCACCACUCCGUGUCAGGACACUUUGGCCAAGGGUUCAGUUCUCCACUCCAUCAUCAGCCCAUGUCCAACCGCUCAGCUAUGACACAGGACAUGAAUGAAAGCAUGUCCAACUUUGGACCCGAGAUGGCCAUCAGUGAGCACAGUGUGGACGGAGACUUGGAGCUGAGUGACAUCACAGAGAACGACGACCUCCACAGCUCUCUGUGUGGCUCAGCAUCCAACCUACCUGUGAUGAGGACAUGCUCAGAGACACACUGUGUUAAUGGGACUGGCCAUGUUAACCAGGUGGAGGUAUACCCGGGUUCCGGUGUCUUCUGUGAAAUGCGGUCCUGGCAUGCAGCCAAUCAGACGCAGUCUCCCACGGCGAUGGCGCGCACCCUGUUGCUGGGCGUGUUCGACAUGGACACCCUGCUUAACAGCAACCUGCGAGGGGGGAGGAGCCGCAGACCAACGUUCCCCAACCACCGCACCGCCCUGGACCCACACAAGCUAAACGCCAUCUAUAAUGCCACGCUGGCCCGCUUCCCAUUGGCCAGGAAGGGGCAAAUUGGCACCGGCAUCAACUCCAAGCUGUCUGAGAUCCGGUUCCGAUCCAGGAGAGCCAACCGGGAUCCCAUUUAUCUAUGAAGGACUGUUCCUGCCCAAACGCCAAGUUUAUUCAAUCAACAUUUUUGUUCUAGUUUUUUUUUUAUCACAUUAACUAUGUCAGUGUAUCAGUGCAUGUGCCUGCCAAAUGUCUUGCCUAUGAAUUUUUUCACAUUGGCUUUAACAUUGUCUUCAGCUAGAGAUACUGUGGAAGAGAAUGGCAAAAUUACUCAAAAGACAGCCUAACGAUAGAGGAAGGAUUCAAGACCAGUGGAAAAAGGUACAAAAGAUCUAGCAUUGAUGGUUAUAUCCACCCUCUGUCACCAGCCAACCAUUAGCAAACCACACGGGAACAGCCCCCGGGGUAUUCUCCCUGAUUGAUAGAGAUGCAUAGAUCCAGGACUGCUGACCCAUGUGUGAUCAACCAGUGGAGGAACGGAGGCUUCAGUCAUGUCUCACCAGACAGACGCCUCACUGUCGUUGACCUCUACCCACUUAGACCGAGGAGGGGGGGGGUGGAGGGGGUCCAAAUGAUAUUUCUCCAUUGAUUUCUCUGAUCCAAGGCAUUAAGCUAACUCCAAAAGCUCCAUUACCACCCCGUGGUCCCCUCCUUAACCUCUUCCUCCAUCCCUCUUCUUCCCCCUGAGAUAAGCAUCAUGCCUAAUGGACCCCAGGUACUCUGAGCCUCCGGGAGGAUGACGGCAUGAAUGAAUUCAUCUUAACGGACUUAAACAGUGUGUGACUCUCCCCAAGUCCACUAUGUCUACAGGGCCCACAUGAAGAGACUAGGACAGGAGAUGUGGCUUGAUGCAGAUAUUACAUAUUGGAGAAGAUGUAACCGUUGGUAAUGAGGAACGGUCAAGUUUGUUAUUUUAUAUCCGGUCAUGUCUGACCAUUGAAUAUGGUGCAUUAAAAGACUGCAGUUUGUCAAUGUCCUUCAUAUGUUGUCUCUCUAGUCAUCUGUGGAAAGGUUAGGUGCAUUAACCACUUGCUUAAAAGCUACUUAGGCCGCGUUCACACAGGCAGUCCAAUUCUGAUAUUUUUUCCCAUUCAUUUUUACCAAUCACAUCAGAUAUUUUUCAGAGCUUAUCUGAUUGGUCAAAAGACUUAAUUAGUUAAAUAAAUGUAAUUGGGCUGCCUGUCUAAGCGCAGCCUUAGUUUUGGGCAGAUGCACCACAUCAAAUAGGACAUUACUCCUGAAAUAAAAUGACACAAAAAGAGGAUCAUAGGCAGUAAUUACAAUUAACUACUUGCCAUUGAUGAAUUGAAAUAUCCACUGAAGUAGCCAUGUGACCAUUUUCAGAUGCAUUACUCUCAGGCUCUUUGGCUGUGUAUAAACAGACCAAUGUACAAACAGCCCAAAUCUGAUCUUUUUUUCACUAAUUGGUAUUUUGACCAAUCAAAUCUGCUGUGUGAACACAGCUUUUGAUCCUCAGGAGCCCGUGAGCUCAAUUCAAGUUAAAAUUGCGUCCAUUAAUUGAAAAUAGCCAAUUUAUACUUUUCAUGAGAACUUUUCAAUUAAUUAAUUGAAUAUCUCCAUCCUAAAUCCCUAACCCUGAUCCAGUACUGCAGUCCCUCUCCCUAGCCAUGUUCCUAACCAUUCCUUCAUCCGAGAUUACCUGUAAAGCAACUCAUGUCUUUAUUCACAGACAACAACACUGGGUGGGGACUUAACGUCCCCUCGUGGGCAUUUGUCCUGAACCCCAUUCCACCCACUGACAGCAUGAUAACCCCUAUCCUGUUUAUUGUGGCCUUUUUAUUCUGUCUCGAUACAAAUUCAAUAAAGCUGCAUUCCAUUCAGCUCCAGGAUGUGAUGUGAACUUCUAAUAGUAAAGAUAACCUAAGCUGUCUCCAAAAUUCAUCCUUGCUUCUAAAAUGCCACAGAGUGCUAUUAAACCAGGCAUCGACUCAUUUGACCCCUCCUCCUUGGCCCAAUUAAUAAUUUAAUGACUUAUUUUGUUUUUCUUUCUCUCUGUCUGUGCAGCAGCCAGUACUCUCGCCAGUUGAGGAGAGUAGGUGGUUUCAAAAAAGAGAGAAAACAAUCAAAAUGCCCCUGACAGCGUGUCUAGUCUUGGUCCCUGGCUAUGAAAUCAAUAUGGGUUUCUGAUGUUUUCAUUUAUCUGCCGAGAAACAAGACGUGUCCACCGGUCAAAGGGCGGCCGCACAGCGAGACAGGAGACAUCAUCAAUAAUCCCUGAAUGUCAGGGAAAGGUGAAAUAAUAAGAAGGAGAGGAAAUAAUGCAGCCCCUCCUGUGAAAGAUAUAGGGAACAGACAGACCCCUUACAGUGAGAUGUUUACUGGCUAGGUUCUGAGAUGGAGACAGCACUGUAUCAGAUAGAGACAGGAAGAUACACAAUAUGAAAUUCGCUAGCACUGAAUAGGCUAUGUAGCAGGUACAGCCAGAAGAGAGCCGAGUUCCUCUCUAGGUCUCGUCCUUCUAGGGAUUUGUGAUAGCCAAUGUGCCUCUGGUUCGCUUUUGCUUGCUCUUUCGGGUUAAGGAAGGCAGAGUUAAUACUAUUAAAGUAAACCCAUAGAAUAACAUAUUGAACAUCGAAUUUUAGGAUCUCUUAACUUAAUAGAGAUCCUAUAAUUCGAUGUUCAAUACGAUAUUACAUGGGUUUACUUUAAAAGCACUUUGUGACAACUGCUGAUGUAAAUAUGUUACCGAUUCCCCUGCCUGUGAGUCUCAUCACUUCACGCAGCUCACUCCAUCCAUCCCCCGACGGUGCCAGAGAAACUAGGGGUUUUCCCAAACUGGGUCCCCAAAUUCCCAGCAAACUCUGUGACCAGGCCACUGAUAGGUUGCUAGGCUCAGGUGGUUGCUAGCGGGCGGACACCUGACAGUCCUCUUGCCUGCUCAGGUCACAGCCACCCCACUCCAAGUGGACAUGUCUGAUUUAGUGCGUGGACAGAAGUGAGUUGAUGUUACUAUUGUAACUUGUGUGUUUACUGUUUGCAGUUACAAUCUGUCUAUUGUUAGUUGUUCAUAGUAGCUGUGCUAUGUGCUAUUCAGUCCUUUGCUUAUGCCACUGAUAUAUCAAUUUAUACAGACCAUAUUAUUACUGCUCUUGUGCUAUUAUAUCUGAUGACCCAUUCAUUGUCAUGCUAAGUUUAUUAUGUACAGUAUAUUCACUCAUCUCUCUUUGUACAGAACCACAUCCAUCUCAUUUUGUCCUCUGGAAAUAAAGUUCCAUCUUAUGUCUGACUCUC